AUGACUACCCGUGGCGAUUUCCCGCACUCCCAACUUGCGAGCUCGAACCCCGGCGCAGAGCCUGGUAUUGAUGUGACUAGCGAAGGUGACGAGUUGCUGCCCGAGCACCUCAGCAACUUGAAGGCAGCUUGUACUAUCAAUAUCAUCGACUAUUCCGAGGACCGUCGGAUUUUCCACACGGCUACGAAUCACGACUUGGCCGAAAAGCUGGAUCAACCGCGGCCGGAAGACCUUCCUUGUCGUUGGAUCUCCGUCAACGGAAUUAGUUGGGAUGUCAUCCGGGUUAUUGGUAACAAGUAUCAUCUUCAUCAGUUGGCUAUCGAAGAUCUCAUCCAUACUCGAUCACGGACGAAAGUCGACUGGUACUCCGACCAUGCCGCCAUUGUGCUUACACUUCAAAAGCUGGUGAGGCUACAUUCACAUCAAGGCGCCGAUGACGAUGACUGCUCAGAAUGCUCAGCGACUGCGGACGAUGAUGACUCGAUCCUUAAGUCUGGAAGCGCGCGCAAAGCGAAACGGGGUUGGUUCUCGAGGAAGCGAGCUGGCAAGGAAAAUGUUCUUCCCACCGUGAACCCAAACAAGCUCGAGGAGACUGUGACUGCGCACAGCAGUCCUUCGCAUGAUUCUCCUGUGACAGAGAUAAGAACUCUUCACCGAUAUGAGAACGCAGCCAUUCCCGAACACACGGCGUGGAUGGAGAAACACAGCCCUCUCACAGCUGAGGACCUCGCUGUCAGCGUGGAGCAAGUCUGUCUCUUCCUACUCGACGACAACACGGUCGUUUCUUUCUUUGAGCAAUCCGCCGAGGAGAUUGAACGUCCGAUUCUGGCACGACUGAACAGCAAAUACACGGUCCUCCGUCGCAGCUGUGACGCUUCUAUGCUGCUCCAAGCCAUCAUCGACGCCAUUGUCGAUCUGGCAGGUCCCGUGAGAGAAGCCUACAACACCGCAAGGAAGGAACUACAGAUUGCCGCCAUGACCCACCCGGACAUCCGCACCUCGCGUGCCCUCCACAUCUUCGGCGAAGAAAUCGACAUGCUGCAAAACCUGUUCAAGCCGAUCGUCCACCUCGUCAAUGCCCUCCGCGACCACAACGCCGAUCCAUUUUCCCGAACUCAGCCGCCGCUCCCUUCUUCCGACGGCAAUGUCCCGCACGCGAUGAGCAGCGUGGCCAUCACCCCGCUGGCGCACACCUACUUCGGCGACGUGCUCGACCACUGCAUCACGACGAUCGCGGCCCUGGAGCAGAUGGACGCCAGCGCCAACAACAUCUCCAACCUGAUCUUCAACACCGUCAGCGCCAAGACGAACAACUUCAUGAUGAUCCUCGCCGUCGUCACCGUCUUCUUCGCGCCCCUGACCUUCAUCUCGGGGUACUUCGGCAUGAACUUCGCCAACGGGAACGGCCUCGACCACCCCUUUGCCUUCUUCUUCGUCGUCGCCACGCCCGCCGUCAUCGGCUUCAUGCUCCUCGUGCUGGCGGUGUACAAGACCGAUGCCAUCCUCGAGUGGUUGGCUCGGGGCCGGUGGAGGCCGCACAUGCGAUCGCUGGGCCUGGUGCGUCGGCGCGCCAUCCCUUGA